GACUGCUCAAACAACGACAACUGCGGUGUGAACGGGCUUUGUGAGACGUCACCCAUCGAUGGCGCUAAGCAAUGCUUUUGCGCAGGUGGACGUUAUGGAGAUCAGUGCGAGAAAGAAAGCCCAGCUAUCAAGUACAGCUCUGAGUUUGACGAAUCACUCUACAAUAUGAAAGAAGUGGAAAAUAACAAAAUAUUCUGGCGAAUUCUCAACGACGAAAUCGAAGUGGUUCUACGGUAUCCCGGCGAGUCAUGGGCGGCUAUUGGAUGGAAGCCACAGGAUGCACAAUCUACAGUAUCGACAAGUACCCAUACCCUGCACAAGGUCGAGAUAAAGCCACCCGAAGCGCGUCCCGUAACGAUCGAACUACUGCGACUACUGAACUCGGAAUCACGACAGGCGCGUCUACUCCACUACCGCUCCAGCUACGCGUCCUUCCAGGACAACCAUCACUACCAACCACUGCCAUUUCAUCUAAUGAGACGCAGCGAAGACUGCGGCCCAAAUGAGCAAUGGUCAUCAUGUCCCGAAAUGUCACGGGAUUGCGAACCUUCGUGUGAUUGGACACGAUUCCCGGAGACCAUUCCAAAUAAUUGUCCACGAUUCGUGUGGGAGUGGCCCGAUGUGAUCCUGACAAGGAAGGCUUUGUGCGAAUGA